AAUUUUACACACACACACAGAAAUCACACAAUUAUCAUACUCCCACUCCCAUAGGUAGUAGAAGAUUCAAGGUAGAGUCUAGAGAGAGAGAGAGAGAGAGAGAGAGAUACUGUAGCAUGAAAGAAAGCCUAGAGAGAGAAGAAAAGAUAUGUUACUGAAACUGCAUAUAACAAGAUCACCGAAGCGUCGUCGUUUAACUUCACCCUCGGAUAAAAACCCUUCUCGGAAAAAAAAUAAUUUAAAUCCAUCUAUUUAUUGAAAAAAAAAAGCAAUUUUCCGGCGAUGAACGGACCGGGAUUUUCGCGGCGACCGGCGUCCAACAACCAUCUAGACCCCGGUGCUCAGGAAUUCUUCCCCUCCUCAGUCCUCCCACCUCAAAUUUUCCAUCCGUACCCUCCACCGCCGUACGACAGCAUGAUGGGUGUUUACGCGCGGCCGGCGUUUCUAAGCGCCGCCGCGGAUCCCCCGCCGCCGCUGCCGGUUUCCGUUCCUCCGUCGUCGCUGACGCCGUCUCGGACCCUGCUCCUCAGCAUGGUCCCGAACUCCGUGAGCGAAUCCACGGUCCGCCGCGAGCUGGAGGUGUUCGGCGACGUGAGGGCGGUGCAGAUGGAGCGGCGGCGCGAGGGUUUGGUGACGGUCCAUUUCUACGACGUCCGGGACGCGGAGGCGGCGCUGGCGGCGAUUCAGGAGCAGCACAUGCAGCAGCAGUACCGCAUCGGCCGCCACUACGACGCCGUCCUGAUGAAUAACGGUCCCCCACAUCCUUUCAUACCGCCGCCGCAGACGGCGCGUGGGCUCAUCGCAGGACGCGUGGUGUGGGCCCAGUUCACCGUUCCGGUGACUUCUGGCCUCCCCGACGGGAAUAAUCAAGGAACCCUGAUUCUAUUCAAUUUGGACACAAGGGUUUCUCCUCCUUAUCUCAGACAUAUAUUUGAAGCCUUUGGGCCGGUGAAGGAAUUGAGAGAGACGCCGAACAAAAGACACCAGAGAUUUGUGGAGUUCUAUGAUGUAAGAAAUGCAGCUAGGGCAAUGGCGGAGAUGAACGGUCGUGUUAUUUAUGGUAAAGCCAUCGUGAUCGAAUUCAGUCGGCCUGGUGGCCAAGUCAAGAAAUUCUGGAAAGGCGGCCCUUUCGACAACGGAACUACUAAUUACAAUCGACGGAACUUGAAUAAACGGCCUCCGUUGUCGUCGUUGGAAAAUAAGCCCAACGUCCGCCCGCCGCGGCGUGAUUAUGAACGUAGCGAGGGGAGCAAGAGCUGGAGUAGUGGUUCGUCUUCGCUUCGUGAAUCGAUUACGAAUUUAUGCAUUACGAAUAAUUGUAACAAGGACGAGAGGUGCUCGGAUAGUAGUAGUACUAGGCCGAGUGCGCGUAAGCAGAAUCAUUGUUAUUUCAAGAAAGUGAAUAAUAACAGUUCUGAUGGUGGUGGUGGUGGGAGUUCGAAGCCGCAGAGCCACGGUGGCGGUUGCAAGCCGUGGAAGGGCGGCGGAGGCGGAGGUAGACGAGGGAAGAUGGAACACGAUCCGCGGUUUCUGAUAAACGAAGAAGAUGCAAUUGUGGAAUCUGAUUGCAGUAUUAGGGAUUCAAGAACCACUGUCAUGAUCAAGAACAUCCCCAACAAGUACAGUCAGAAGCUGCUGCUGAACAUGCUGGACAACCACUGCAUCCACUGUAACGAGCAGUUGGCCGGCGGCGGCGGCGGCGAGAAUGACCAGCCUUUGUCUUCUUACGAUUUCGUCUACCUUCCCAUUGAUUUCAUGUGAGUGAUUAAUUAUUAUAAUCAUCUAUUAUUUAAUU